UGUAUAUUGUGUCAUAAUAAAAAUUUGAAGAAAAAAAAUUUUUUUCGAAUGGAAAAAUCAUCAUCACCAUACUGGUCAUUGGGUCAAAAACCGUUUUCAUUUUUUCAUUUUUCAUUUGUUUGUUUUGUUUAUUUGAUCGGUUGUUGAAAUAGUCGACUUAUCGAUUAUUUUAUGAUGAUGAUGAUGAUUUUAUGACAUUUUUCCGUUGUGUUUGUUAUAUAUAAACAAAAAAAAAAAAAAAGAAACCAUUAAUCAGAUCAAUGACCCAGUAAUUUGAACACACAAUUGAUUAAUUUUUUUUUAUUCAGUGGAAUUGAUUUUUUUAAUUGAAAAUUCCCAAAAAAAUCAUGUCAUCAAAAUCACCAUCAUCAUCAUUAGUCAUAAUCAUUGUAUUAUUGACCAUGAUUCUAAUUCCAAAUGAUCUCAUUAUUGUUAUGGCUAUGAAUACAACAACAAAUAUGACGACGACGACCACGACCACGACUAUGACUACGACAGCAGCGAUCGAUUCGAAUAUCAUCAAUGAUCAUAAUGAUGAUCAUCAUGAGAUUAUUAUUGUCGAUGAUGCUGAUAUUGAUGAUAAUGAUGUAUCAAUAACAAAUCGUUCAAAUACAUUCUAUUCAUUGGCAGCGGCUGGACCAUCAGAAAGAUCAUCAUCAGUUGAUAAUAAUCUAACAAUAAUCGAUGAUGAUACAAUUGUCGAUGAUUUUUGGGAUUCGCCAAGUACACAUCCAAUAGUAUCGUCAUCAUCAGUGAAUUCAUCAACGACUAAUGUUACAUCGACAAGGAAUAGUGGUUCAUCGUCAUCGUCAUCAUCACCAUCACCAUCACCAUCACCAUCACCAUCACCAUUUUCGACAAUGGCUGCAAGUACUUUAUCAUCGACACGUUCAACAACACCAUUUUUACCACCAAUGCCUUCGGUAUUAACAUGGUCAUCAUUAUCAUCAUCAACAUUACCGCCACCAUUUACAAAUAUACAACGUACAUCACCAUUUACAAAUAAACCAUUUAUAAUGUCCAGUGGUGGUGGUGUUGGUGGUAAUCAUGAAUCGAAUCGAAAUGACAAUGGUGAUGCAUCAUUUAGUGAAUUAGCAUCAAAAAUAUGGAAAAUCAUUUUGCAUGGUACAAACAUGAAUUCCGAAGAAUUACGUAUGUGUAAUCGGACAUUGAUACAACAACAUUUUAAACAAUCAAGUCGUCGUAAAGUAGCUAGAAAUAUGAAAAAAGAUUUGGAAAAAAUAUUCAAUGAAUGGAAUUAUCGUUUCAGUAUAAUAGUAAGUUCAACAUCACGAAAUACAAUGGGAAAAGCAUUGCAUGGUGUUUGGAUGUCCAUUUCGAUAAAUGGUGUACAUUAUUUCAUCACUGCUACGCAUAAACUAGUGGAUGGACCUAAAAUUAAAGAAGAACAAAUGGAAAAAAUUGAAUAUUGGGCCCAUGUACAUGCAAUCGCUGCACGUAAUAUGACCGGUUAUCGUCGCUAUAAUCGUAUUGCAUCGAAAUUAAAAUUUGAUUUGGAUCGUUUUUAUGGCCAUGGUAAUUCAUGGUCAGUAAUAAUCGUAAAAAAUCCAUUACUUGUAAAAGCAAAAAUAUUAGAAGAUCCUGAAUAUCAUAUAGAAUUUUCACGUUUAAAUGGUGGUCAUUUUAUUGUGUUUCGUGGUGGUCAACCAAUCGAAAAUGUUGAUGGUGGUGGUCGUCGUAAUGGACGUGUAGAUCAAUCAAUACCACCAGAUGAACCAGAAUCUGAUGAUCAUACAUUAGAAAUGGAUACUGAACAUGAAGAUUAUCGUAACAAUAUCUAUCUUAUGAUGACAUAAUAAUCAUCAGCUAGUUUCGUCGUUAUUUUGUUCAUCGAAAAAAAAAAAAAAUUUUUGUAACAUAACAUAUCUCUACACUCUAUCAUUCAUAUCAAGGCUCUAAUUUUCCUUCGUUCAUUUCUUAUUUCAUCAUCAUCACAUUAUUUUGAAUUUGCAACAACAACAACAACAACAAAAA